AUGUCAGACAACAUUCAAACACCUCUAUCAUCUGAUGAACCUGUAGAAAAAGAAACUAAAUCAGAUAUUUCAUCUUGUUCAUUUGGUGAUGUAAAUACAUCUACAUCUGUUCGUUUAUUUGGCCAAUUUAAACAAAAUGGUUUAGGUUUUAAUAAUACAUCAACAUCAACAUCAACAUUUGGUCAAAUAACAUCACGAGAAAAAUCUGAUGAUGAUGAUAAUAAUAAUUCUUCAUCGACAUAUUUUACAACUACACUUUCAAAAAUCUCAUCGACAACAACAACAACCACUGGUUUUGGUUCACCAUCAACACCAUUAGCUACAUCACUUGCAUCACUUGGUGCCAAUAAACCAUUAUUUGGUGGUUCAAGUUGUACAACACCAAGUUCAUUUACAGAUCUGAAAACAACAUCAACAAAUAAAACAAAUGAUGAUGAUGAUGAAGAAGAAGAAGAUAAUAAAGCAUCUCUAUUAGAAACAGUUGCUGAAUAUGAAGCUAAACGAGCAUCAACACAUCCAACAACGACUAUUCAAGGUGAUACGUCAACCGGAGAAGAAAAUGAAAUAACGAAAUUUCAAAUGACUGGUAAAUUAUUUAUGUAUAAUGGUGAACAACAACAAUUCGUUGAACGUGGUUAUGGAAUAUUAAAAAUAAAUGAAAGUCAUGAUCCAUCAGAUUGGGAUCGAUUACAAGCUCGAUUAAUUAUGAGACUUGAUAAAUCAUUUCGUGUUAUUCUUAAUUCACCUAUUUUUCCAAAAAUGACUGUUGAACGAGCUACUGAUCGUUCAGUACGAUUUGGUGCUCAAGAUGAAUCACAAUUACGAAUAUUUAUUAUUAAAGCUUCAGCAAAUGAUUGUAGUAAUCUAUGUAAAGAAUUAAAAUCACGUAUUCAAAUUAUCGAACGACAACAAGUAUCAACAACAAAUAUCAAUACAUCAACAAACAGUAGUAAUACAAGUGCAUCAUCGGAUGUUGUUGUUCUUGAUGAUUCAUCUCCUAAAGAAAAUUUAUUAACUGCUCAACGAAAACGAUCUCAUUCAAAAAGUGAUUCAGAUAUAUCAGAAAAUACAAAUGAUCUUUCAAAAAAAUCAAAGUUAGUUGAAGAAUAUCAAGAAGUCAAUAACGAUACUAAUCGAUUGACAAGUGAAGAUGAUUCUAUUGAAGGACGUCCCAAAUCAAAUGAACAAGAAACUGCUAAUAGUUAA